AUGAACGAAGCUGAAACGACAGCUAUUAAAACUUCCCCCCAACAAAGAAAGGCAACUAAACACAAUUACAAUUUAUUCUUUCAAGGCGAACAUGAAGUUUGUUUAAGGAAAUUAUUACAAAAAACCAAAAUGAGGUUAAUCGUUGAUUUAUUUUUAGCAAAUCGAGAAGGAAUCAAGUUGAAGUUUAUCACAACUUUGUAUUCGAUAAAUAUCGCUAUAAGUAAACAUGAAGAUGUGAAUGUUAAGUUCAAGGUUGGAAUCUUCAGGCUUAUAUCGUUCUCAUAA